GCUCGGGAGUUAAUUAAGUCAAUCAGUCCUCAGAAAUAGGUGGGGUUGUUACCUAGCACCCCAACCGCAAUUUACAAGACACUUCUGCAAUAGGUUAGUAUAUGUGUCAAUCAACGUUUGAUUGCAAAUUGUAGUUCAACGUACGAUAAAAAGCAGAUAUGAUAGGCUAUAAUAACUGACAAUCAUUUAACACAUUACCCAAACACAACCGCGGGUAGGCAGGGUUAAACUGUUAGUGCGACAGGCGGAGCUCGAGCUUUUGCCUUCAGUACCUUGGACAGCAGCUUGCAUUCACUGACAGAGGGAAUGGGAAAGACAAAUACAUGAAAACAAAAUCUUAGAAUGUUACGCUUCUAUCUGAAAAAAUAAAUGAAAAUAUACCAAAUCGCUGAAAGACUUUUUUUUUUUUUUUUUACUAAGCGAAUGGAAAUAAGAAGCCGGAUCGCCCAGGAAUAUUGUGCAUUCAAGCCCCCUUUUCUGCAAAAUCAUUAAGGAUGAACAAUUGAUGAACAGAUUUUCUGCUCAUUCUGUUAACAUUGCAUUAAAUAUUGAUCAAAUUAUUAAUAUUCGCCCCACAAUCCUGUAGUUUUGUUAUAGUGGGGCAACAUGUAUUAUUAAUUUGCUUGCAGAAUUUUUUUCCUGCUUUGUAACGAAUGCUGUGGAAUCGAUUUUUAUGCAACAAAAAUGAAGAAGUUUCAUGAUUUAAAUCUUUAAUUAAAAGCAGCUGUUAUAUGCGAUCGGUGACUGGAUUUUUUUAAAGCCUACAUAUUGAUUGAAAUAAGUUAUAUUGUUAUUAUUAUUAAGAGCUAUUUAGUGGGUAUUCAUUUAAUCAAAAUGAGGUCGUUUUACGACUUUCUGAACUAUACCUAAAAUUAGUGGAGACCACAGAACGUGAAUACAGCAUUGUUGCGUCUUUAAUUGAAACUAUAAUAUAAAUGUAACAGCGUUUAUUUUAUUUUUGUACACAUACAAUGAAGAAGUUUAAUUUUCGAAAGGUUUUGGAUGGGUUGACUGCCUCCUCUCCAGGCAGCGCUAGCGGAACUUCAACAUGCCCAGGUGGGACCACUGGUGUGCCUGCAGUAGGUGUGACUCCCAGGGAAACAGAAGUUCAAGAAACCCUCGCUUCGGAAAACUUUCAGAUCUGUAAGACGGUACGUCAUGGCUUCCCAUAUCAGCCCACUGCCUUGGCUUUCGACCCAGUGCAAAAAAUCGUGGCCAUUGGAACAAGAACAGGAGGUGUACGAAUACUGGGCAGACCUGGCGUCGAUUGCUAUUGUCAGCAUGACAGCGAAGCAGCUGUUCUACACCUCCAGUUUCCAAUCAAUGAGGGAGCUCUUGUCACUGCAUGUGCUGAUGACACUCUUCACCUCUGGAACCUGCGACAAAAACGUCCAGCAAUCCUCCAUUCUCUCAAAUUCAACCGAGAGCGGAUUACCUUCUGCCAUAUUCCAUUCCAAAGUAAAUGGCUGUAUGUGGGUACAGAGAGAGGAAAUACACAUGUUGUAAAUAUCGAGUCCUUCAUCCUCUCAGGAUACAUCAUCAUGUGGAACAAGGCGAUAGAACUAGCAACAAAGACCCACCCAGGCCCUGUGGUGCACUUAAGUGACAGUCCCAGGGAUGAGGGAAAGAUGCUGAUAGGCUUUGAAAGUGGAACGGUAGUCUUGUGGGACCUCCGAACAAAAAAACCAGACUUCAGAUUUUACUAUGAUGAGGCCAUCCAUUCUAUAAGCUGGCAUCAUGAAGGCAAGCAGUUCAUGUGCAGCCAUUCUGACGGCAGUCUGACCAUGUGGAAUCUGAAAAACACUGCCAAACCUUUCCAGAUCACAUUCCCUCAUGCAAAAAGCCAGAGAGAUGGAAAGAAACCAGACCCAUGCAAGCCAAUCCUGAAAGUGGAAUACAAGACAUCAAGGAGCAGUGAGCCAUUUAUUAUCUUCUCUGGAGGGCUGUCAUAUGAUAAAGCAGGUCGAAGACCUAGCUUGACAAUCAUGCAUGGUAAAUCUAUCACAGUGCUGGAAAUGGAUCACCCCAUAGUGGAAUUCUUAACACUUUGUGAAACUCCCUAUCCAAACGAAUUCCAGGAGCCUUAUGCGGUAGUUGUACUGCUUGAAAAGGACUUUAUCGUUGUGGACCUAACACAAAGCCACUUUCCUAUCUUUGAAAACCCAUAUCCUAUGGAUAUUCAUGAAUCCCCAGUUACCUGCACAGCAUACUUUGCUGACUGCCCUCCAGAGCUAAUUCCUGCUCUUUACUCUGUAGGUGCCAAACACAAAAAGCAAGGCUACAGCAAUAAGGAAUGGCCAGUCAGUGGUGGCACCUGGACACUGGGAACACAGACAUAUCCUGAAAUUAUUAUUACAGGGCAUGCUGAUGGAUCAAUAAAGUUUUGGGAUGGCUCUGCCAUAACCCUUGAGAUGCUGUACAAGCUGAAAACAUCCAAGGUGUUUGAAAAGCAGAAGGUGGGAGAGGGGAAGCAGGUAGCGGAGAUUGUGGAAGAGGACCCAUAUGCCAUACAGAUGAUCAGCUGGUGUCCUGAAAGCAGGAUCCUAUGUGUCACAGGCAUCUCAGCUCAUGUCAUACUUUACAGAUUCAGUAAACACGAGGCUACUACUGAAAUAGUGUCACUAGAGGUUCGGCUUCAGAAUGAUGUGGAGGACAUUAUCACCCCAGAGGCGACUGAGAAUAUCUCUCCAUACACAGAGCCUUCCCAGCCCAUUACAGGAAGCCCCCGCAAUGUCUCUCCAGAGGGAAUUAAGGACAGCAUCCCCUGCCUCAAGGUGAAGUCUCGUCCAGUAAGAAUGCCUCAAGGCUACCAGGCAGAACUGGUAAUACAGUUGGUGUGGGUAGACGGAGAGCCUCCCCAACAAAUAGCAAGCCUGGCUCUGAACUCAGCCUAUGGCUUGGUUGCAUUUGGGAAUUCCAAUGGCCUAGCUGUAGUGGAUUUCAUCCAGAAGACAGUUCUGCUCAGCAUGGGAACCAUUGACCUUUAUGGUUCCAGUGACCCAUACCCGCGGCAGCUUCGCUCUCCACGCAGAAGCAAGCAGCUCACAGCAGACACCUUUUGCAUGCGCGGCCUGUCUAACAUUUAUUCAGAUUCAAAGAAAAGGAUUCGUACAUCCCACCAGAGUCUAUCUGAGCUGUCUGACAGCCCUGUUUCCUUGGAGCUAGAACGCUGCAAGUCUCCCACAUCAGUUCCUCCCCCAACCACACCUCAUAAUGAUCCCCGCACCUUUCCAGACACCCCAGCAAAUGUGAAAGCAAGCCACUGCAGCCCAGUGUUUUACUUGCUGGACAAUGUUAAAGGACCAAGAAAGUUAAGUCUGCCGACAGAUCUUAAGACUGAUCUUGAUAAUGUAAAUGGACAUUGCACUAGCCCCACCUCACAGCCCUGCAGCACUGGGAAGCGCGUCUCUGCCACUGAAGGUGCUAAACUGAACCGCUGGGGUCCUAGCCGACCCCCUUUCCGAAAAGUACAGUCUGCUGCUUGCAUGGAGAUCUCUUUGCCUGCCUCCCACACAGAAGUAGGUUACGCAUCAAGACGGGCAAUGCUUCAGCAAUUACAUGGAAUCAGUAUUUACUCGCAAGAUGAACAUCACUCUACCAGUUACACAUGGAGUGAGAAAGAAAGCCGGGACAAUUCCUUCAGCCGCUCCCGUAGCUCCAGUGUGUCCAGCAUUGACAAGGAAUCCAAGGAAACAAUAACAGCACUGUACUUCAUGGACUCGUAUGGGCGUAAGAACGAUGGGACCCUCUCACCAUGCCUUUGGGUCGGGACCAGCCUUGGGGUGGUACUGGUCAUCUCUUUAAACCUGCCUUCUGGUGAGGAACAGAGGCAAAGUGAACCAGUCAUGGUGGCACCCAGUGGGACCGUGCUGAUGCUUAAAGGAGCAGUGCUGACGUUUUCAUCUGUUGACUGUGCCGGUGGCCUGAUCCACCCUCCCUAUGAGGUGUGGAGGGACCCGAACAGCAUGGAUGACAAUGAGAAACCCCGCAAGCGUAAACUUGUAACCUUCUCGCCCUCCUCUUCUCAGGAUAUGGGGGAUUACCAUUUUGCAGUCAUCUGUUCAGAGAAACAGGCCAAAGUCUACUCACUGCCUUCCCAAAACUGCCUUUACGCACAUAGCAUCACAGAGUCGUCGUUUGUGCUCAGGGCAGAUGUUGUUACAGUUUGUAAUAGUGUUUGCCUGGCUUGCUUCUGCGCAAAUGGACAUAUCAUGACACUAAGCUUGCCUAGCCUUCGACCAAUGCUGGAUGUAAACUAUCUACCUUUGACAGACAUGAGGAUUGCUCGAACUUUCUGCUUUACAAAUGGAGGGCAGGCGCUGUUCCUGAGCUCUCCUACAGAGAUCCAGCGCAUUACCUACAGCCAGGAGAUGUGUGAAAACCUGCAGGACAUGUUGGGAGAGUUGUUUACACCAGUGGAAACCCCAGAGGCUCAAAACAGAGGAUUUCUAAAAGGACUGUUUGGAGGAAGUGGACAAACAUUUGACAGAGAAGAACUCUUUGGUGAGGCAGCUGCAGGAAAGGCCUCACGGAGUCUUGCACAGCAUAUUCCAGGCCCUGGGAGCAUGGAGGGGAUGAAGGCUGCUGCUGGAGGGGUAGUUGGAGACCUGGCACGGGCCCGCAUCGCUUUGGAUGAGAGAGGGCAGAGACUGGGAGAACUGGAGGAACGCACAGCUGCCAUGAUGGGGAGCGCAGAGUCAUUUUCCAAACACGCACAUGAGCUGAUGCUAAAAUGCAAGGACAAGAAGUGGUAUCAAUUGUAAUCUGCUGGGAGACACUUGGCUUCUUAAGUAUACUGUAGCAGUUGGGUAAAAUGGACCUGAGCCGUGUCACUGGGAAGAAUAGUUAUUCUAGAUUCUUGUUUUGCCUCCAUGAAGUUAUUUGGAUUCAAUUUGUGGGAAAAGAAAAAUUGAAGGUUCAAAGACAACUAAUAGGACUUUGCUGUGUUGGUCAUGAUAUUGCCAAACUUGGGUUAGUUUAAAAAUAUGUUCUCUGUUUUCUAUGUUCUGUGCUGCAUAAUUAUCCCAGGACCCUUAGGAAAAUGCCUGGAAAAGAAAAAAAUAGUAAUAAGUGUACAGAUUAGUAUGCCGAUGCUCUUAUAUAAGAAAUCAAAACAAGAUUGCAUGAUACAAAAACGCAAACAAUAAACUGCCAUAGUAAGAAAAAAAGAAAAGCAUGUUACAAUAAGAAAUGGUUUAUUCUAAAAUAAAAAAGAAACAAAAU